CUCUAUCGUUCCCUAUUGAGUUUUAACGCCCUACUUCGUAACCGUUCUAUUGCCCAUUAGACAUCAACUAGAAUAACUGUCAAAGUCUACGGCGCGACCAGAGUUAAGUCGUCGGGAUAGACGGCUUGUUCAGCCGAAGAGAUCGGCUCGUUGGCCCGGUGAGUCUGGCCACCAAGCCAACAUGGCGACCUGGAAACGGAUCCUCGCCUCUUUCAUCGCUUCUUUGGUUCUAGUCGGCAACGUUUUUGGAGAGGAACCAAAACCACGACAAAGGAUGACCAAAGAAUGCGCACCCAUCCAAUACGACCGCUGCAGCUCGGUCCUGCCCUACGCCCAGACCCGGUUCCCGAACCCUCUCGGCCUGCCGGACCAGCAGCUGGCCAUGGCGGUGGCACCUGCCGUCCUCACGGCCGCGGACAUGGUCACCUGUCCGAACCUGGACACCUUCCUGUGUUCUCUCAUCUUCCCGCAGUGCUCACCUGAGGGAAUGAGAAUGCCGUGUCGUUCCUUCUGCCGUCGCGUCAUCAGGACAUGUGCAGGACCGUUACUGGGAGACAUGCAGGAUUGGUUAACGCUUUUCUGUGACGCUCUACCGGAACGCAACUGUACCCGACCUGCUCCGUGCGAACCGAUUCAACAUGAGACCUGCCGGAACCUCGUGCCCUACAACACCACGGGGUUUCCCAACCUGCUGGGGCACGGGUCUCAGGCCGAACUGUUGGCUGACCCCGUGACCUUGAACGACACCGCACAGCUGAUCGCCACGGGCUGUCAUCCCGAGAUCGGCUUCGCAGUCUGCUCCGCCAUGGUGCCGAACUGCAACGGGACCUUUACCAUUCCUCCUUGCAAGUCAUUCUGCCAUGAAGUGCGGGAGGCCUGUGAACCCACGAUGAUCAGUAUGGGCCAAGACUGGCCCUUUGACUGCAACUCGUUCCCAGACGCUCACCAAGGGAAGUGCUCGUCCCCAUACAACGAGACGGCACGUGGUCUGGCGAAUAACAAACACAACAGGACAGACUCAGACUGUGAGCCGAUCCGGUUUCCCCGCUGUUCAGCCCUCCCUUACGACCAUGCCAGGUUCCCCAACGCGCUGGGUCUCCCUGACCAGGGUCUGGUCCUGGCCGUGGCCCCAUUUGUCUUCACGGCGAUGGACCUCCUGUACCUGUCUGAGUGCUCCCCGUACCUGGACACCAUUCUGUGUUCACUCAUGUACCAGGACUGUCGAUCCGAGGAUCUCAGACUGCCGUGUGCCUCAGUGUGCCGGGAGACCAUCUCGUCCUGUGCUGAACCCGUGCUGAAGAUGAUCGGGAUGGAAUGGCUGCCGAUCGCAGCUAUCCUCCCUGCCGUCAACCUCGUCUGUAACGCGCUUCCCGAGGAGGGCUGCAUCGGAACCGGUUUUGGUGGCAUGACAAAACCUGACAACACUACAGCUUGUGAGCCCCUACAGUUUGAGCGCUGUUCAUCCCUGCCCUACUCCCACACCAGUUUCCCUAACUUCUUCGGCCUGCCUGACCAGGGGACGGCCCUGGCCAUCGCGCCGGCAGUGUUCGCUGCGCUGGACGUCCUCAUGCUCACAGGGUGUCAUCCUCAACUGGACAUCUUCUUCUGUGCACUCUCCUUCCCAGGGUGCUCUCCAGAAGGAACCAAACUACCAUGCCGCUCGUUCUGUGAGGAGAUCGUGUUCUCCUGUGGCGGCUCAGUUCUCCAUGCGGUCGGGAUGGACUGGGUGGCGUUUGGCUGCUAUCUGCUGCCUACUGACAACUGUGUUGCUGCUGCUCCGCAUGACAUGACGGCUGAAUUUGAGAAAAUACCACGUGACAACAGCACAUGUGAGCCUAUCCAGUUUGACCGGUGUAUGGGGAUGCCAUACACCCACGCUCGGUCCCCUGGGGUCUUCGGUCUCCCCGGUAACGACGUGAUGCUGGCCGUCGCACCCGCGAUCUUCGCCGGUCUGGACCAGAUCCCCGGCGAUCACCCGUACCUGGAGUUCGGUGUAUGCUCCAUGCUGUUCCCACAAUGCACUGCUGACGGAGGCAUCAGGCUGCCCUGUCAGUCGUUCUGUGAGGAUGUCAUCAGGGGUUACCUGGGACCAGUCCUGGGGGAGAUGACUGAGCUGGUCACCAUGGCAUGCUUCGCUCUCCCAGACAAGGACUGUGUCGGACCUGCACCCAUCGAGCCAAUCGAGGUUGACCUGUGCAAAAACAUCCUGCCAUACAACACCACCAUCAUGCCUGACCUGAUGGGCCACGUUUCUCAGGCAGAGUUUAUGAGUGACACGGCCGCCCUGGGUGCCCUUCAGCAGGUGCUGGACAGCGGCUGUCUCCCGGAAGUUGGCCUGGCUGUCUGCUCUCUGCUGCUGCCCAACGCCAUGGGACCUAUCAAGAUGCCGAUUUGCAAGAGUUUCUGCAGGAAAGUGAGGGACCACUGCGGGGACACCAUCGCCAGUGUGGGCCUGGACCUGACGCUGGACUGUGAGAGUCUCCCGGAUAUCCUUUGUUCAUCUCCAUAUAACAACAACACAGACAACAGCACCUCAGAAUGCGAGCCGGUCCGUUUCGCCCGCUGUUCGGCACGGGUACACACCCACACCAUGUUCCCCAGUCCGAUCGGCCUGCCGAGUCAGGACCUUGCGCUGAUCGGCGCCCCAGCGGUGUUCGCUGCGCUGGACCUGAUCCAACUGUCUGGAUGUCAUCCUUACCUGGACAGCUUUGUUUGUGCUCUCACCUUCCCUGGCUGUGAGAACAGACUUCCAUGUCGCUCGUUCUGCCAUGACAUCAUCACGACCUGCGGGAGGGGGAUGGUCACCAUGGUGAUGGAGAUGAUUGACAUGGAGAUUGGAGACAUGAUACUGGACGUCGGACUAGAGAUGGCAUCACUCGUCUGUAACCAGCUGCCGGAUGAACAGUGCAUGUCCGAGUCUCCGGUGCCAUUAAACAAGCCUGGAGCGCCUAAGAACAAGACAGAAUGCAGUCCGGAGCCGGUGCGUUACGACCGUUGCGCCGUCCUGCCAUACGACCAGACAAGCUUCCCCAACGUGAUGGGCCUGCCGUCUCAGGACUUCGCUCUCUCGGCCGUACCCGCCAUAUUUGGCACCAUGGACCUGGUCAUGCCCGCACCCUGCCACCCCCAUCUGGACACGAUGGUCUGUUCCAUGUUUUUCCAGGAGUGCUCACCUGAAAGUGUCAGAAUGCCGUGCCGUUCGCUGUGUGAGGAGGUCAUGUUUGUCUGUGGGGGAGAGAUGCUUGCUGAAGCCGGGCUGGAGUGGAUGAUGCUCGCCUGCUAUGCGCUGCCAGAGACUGAGUGUAUCCACCCUGGACCAGCAAACUGGACAGCGUUCAACGAGACCCUACAGAAGCUGCACCAUCAGAGAAUGGACAUGGACAGGUCUAACAUCACGGACAACUCUAACCACACAGAAGACUCUGAUGACACAGAAUUUCAGUGUAAACCGAUCCACUACGACCGUUGUGGUGCCCUUCCGUACGCGGACGCCAGGUUUCCCAACAUCCUCGGCCUGCCGUCUCCAGACUUCAGCCUGUCUGUCGCAUCCUCCAUCUUCAUGGGAAUGGACCUUCUCGGGCUGUCCGGCUGUCAUCCUCGGCUCAACGACAUUGUCUGUGCACUCUUCUUCCCAAACUGCACCAUGGAUUUCAUGUAAGACGGGGACAGUAGAAUAAGUGUUAAUUC